AUGGCCGACUCGGAAAACCAGGGACCUGCGGAGGCAAGCCAGGCGGCGGCGGCAGCGGCGGCGGCAGCGGCAGCGGAGGCGGCCGCAGCAGAGGAGGUAAUGGCGGAAGGCGGUGCGCAGGGGGGAGACUCUGACAGCGCGGCUGGCGACUCCGACAGCGCGGCUGGUCAGACGGCCGAGGAGCCCCAGACCCCAGCAGAGAAUGCACCAAAGCCGAAAAAUGACUUUAUCGAGAGCCUGCCUAAUUCGGUGAAAUGCCGAGUCCUGGCCCUUAAAAAGCUGCAGAAACGAUGCGAUAAGAUAGAAGCCAAAUUUGAUAAGGAAUUUCAGGCUCUGGAAAAAAAGUAUAACGACAUCUAUAAGCCCCUACUUGCCAAGAUCCAAGAGCUCACUGGUGAGAUGGAGGGAUGUGCAUGGACCUUAGAAGGGGAGGAGGAGGACGACGACGAGGAAGAGUACGAGGAUGAGGAGGAGGGGGAAGAGGAGGAGGAGGAGGAGGAGGAAGCUGCGGCAGAGGCUGCUGCGGAGGCGGCCGCUGCCAAAGAUGAGGGUCCCCAUUCUGAGGUGUCUGAUGACGCCAAGAAAUAA